AUGUCGCACCCUCACCGUACCCGUUUCCAGGCGCGAAGCCAGAACCCGAGCCUAGUCAUCGAAGGAGACGAUGAUUUCCCGAUCGAUAUCGGUGUGCCGACUCAGCAGAGUGAACCUGCGCGGCACGACACUUCCUCCGAAGAAGGUACCGCUCACAGUACGGUGGACAUGGAGGUUGAUUACGAAAAUCUGACCCUGGAAGAGCUCGAGAAGGAGCUCGCUGCGAAGGAAGCAGAGAAAAAGAAACGAGAAAUCAUCCAGAAACUCAAAGGGUUAAACAACCCCUCGCAGGAUGAGACUCGUAGCGAGGAUCUCGACCCGGAGACCCUCGCACUGCGGCGUAUUGAGGCUACCAGACUUCACGCGCCUCGUGAGGAUACUCGCAUCAAAACGUUCCACGGUCGCUCGACCCAGGAAUACGACACGUUCCAGAAUAGGCUGCGUAACUACUUCGAUACGCACCCUGUCUGGUUCGUAUAUUCGCCGCACAAGGUGCUCGCAGCUUCGCAGUACCUCGCGGACGACAGACAUAACGAGUGGCAAUCUCACGUUGAGAAGCUCACCCGACAGCCGACCUGGGAAGAAUUCUAG